AUGGUCGCCUCCGGAAGCUCCACAGAAGUCACCUCCGUGAAUUCCGGCCGUACGGGACACAAGGAAACCGAACCCAGAGACGCAGAAUCGACUUCGACGAAUGCUGUUGCUACCGAGCAAGUGUCAGAAAAGCCAGCCGCCUUGGCAAAUGUGGAGGGAGAUGGAGACGACGUAACUGCGACCAAAGAGGGUGGCGAUGCUGCUUCCACGACAGACACCAAGACCGAAUCACAAGAGGACGACACCGAAUACCCUGCGGCAUGGAGGCUGGGUUUAAUCACCAUUGCCCUUUGCCUGUCGGUGUUUUGCAUGGCAUUGGACAACACCAUUAUCGCGACCGCCAUUCCUCGAAUCACCGAUCAGUUCCAAGCUCUCGAAGAUGUCGGCUGGUACGGUUCUGCCUAUCUCCUCACCACAUGCGCCGUCCAGCUCAUCUUUGGUAAACUCUACACCUUCUACUCCGUAAAAUGGGUCUAUCUCUUCGCCAUCUUCCUGUUUGAGGUCGGCUCCCUCGUCUGCGGUGCCACGCCAAACUCCGUGGGCCUUAUUCUCGGCCGAGCCAUCGCCGGACUUGGCGCUGCUGGUGUAUUCUCCGGUGCCUUGCUGAUUAUCAACCGAUCCGUGCCGUUGCGCCAGCGUCCCAUGUACAUGGGUAUCAUUGGGUCCAUGUACGGCAUUGCCUCUGUUGCUGGACCUCUUAUGGGCGGUGCCUUUACCGAUCACGUCACCUGGCGAUGGUGCUUCUACAUUAACCUGCCCUUUGGUGGUGUUACCGUUGCAUUCAUCAUUGCCUUCUUGCGGCUGCCUAAGCCCAAGAUUGCCAAGAGCAAGCUGAGCCUCCAGGAGCAGAUCAAGUCCUUCGAUCUGCUCGGCACCUUCUUGUUCAUCCCUGGUAUUGUGUCUUUGCUGUUGGCUUUGCAGUGGGGUGGUACCAAGUAUGCCUGGAAGGAUGGCCGCAUCAUUGGCUUGUUUGUUGUCUUUGGUGUGCUCAUCAUCGGCUUCCUCGUGGUUCAAGUCUGGUUAGGAGAAAAGGCUACCGUUCCUCCUCGCGUCUUCUUGAACCGAACUGUUUGGUCUUGCGCUUUCUUUGGUGCUUGCCUGGGUGCCGCAUUCUUCGUCAUGGUUUACUACCUCCCAAUUUGGUUCCAAGCUGUCCAAGGCACAUCUGCCAUUCAGUCCGGUAUCAAGAAUCUGCCCAUGAUUCUGUCCCUCGUUAUCUUCUCCCUUAUUUCUGGCGGUCUCGUCACCACUCUCGGAUACUACGCCCCCUUCAUGAUUGCCUCGACCGUUCUCAUGUCCGUUGGUGCUGGAUUGCUGGCCACCUUUGACGUCGAUACCGGCGCUGCCCACUGGAUUGGCUACCAGAUCAUCUUUGGUAUCGGUGUCGGUUUGGGCAUGCAGCAGACCAUGGUUGCUAUUCAGGCUUCCCUCGACGGUGCCGAUGUUGCCAUUGGCACUGCCAUCAUCAUCUUUUCUCAGACUCUAGGCGGUGCUCUCUUCAUCUGCGUCGCUCAGAACGUCUUCCAGAACAAGCUCGUCUCCAACAUUGCCGAUGCCCACAUUCAGGGUCUUAACCCUGCAAGCGUCGUUUCCGUCGGUGCUACUCAGGUGCAGACUCUUAUUCCCAAGGAGUUUCUGCCUGUUGUUCUUCAAGCGUACAACGGUGCCGUCACCAACACCUUCUACGUCUCUGCUGCCAUGUCUGCCCUGUCCAUUAUCGGCGCUGCCGCGGUGCCGUGGAACUCGGUCAAAGGCAAGAAGAUUGAGAUGGCUGCCGCUUAG